GCGGUGUAGGUCUUCAGUACAUAACUAGUCUACUGUACAGCACGGAGAGCUCUCCGAGCCUGGCAAUAACUGCGAAGAAGACCCAAGACGGAUGCACGUGACACUAUGCACGAGUGAAGCUUGGACACACUACAGGCCUCCUUGUGCUGUCUACGGUUUUUCUUCCCAGGUUGGGAUGAAAUCAAACCAUUCUCCUGAUCAUAUUCACGAUAUCUGAGUUCUUAUUUGUCGUUCAGAGCUUCAUUUCAGAAUUUAUCGCUGCAAAAUUCCAUGUUCACCGUGGUAUGCCGAUAUGCAUAACUUGGCCAGUUCAGUCUGUCCUGCUGCCAAUUUCUUCAAAUGACACUAGUCAGUGACCUCUCGUCCACAAUGUCCACAUAUCGAAGUCGAGUCUCUUGCCUGCAUGUAACAUGGCAAUGUUGUCAUUCCUUGUACUACAUUGUCCUGAUACGGCGUUGGUAAUCCAGUCUGUAGCCAUGGCAGGCCAAGCUAACUCACAGAGCUUAUGUCAAAGUAUUGCGGCUAUCAAUGACACUCGUUCAGUUCGUGAGGGUUUUGUCCACCCUGAGCUGUCUGAAGUAUGGUGCUUCGAUUUGAGUGAUCUCAUGGACUGAGUGAAGGAUAUAUAUGUGAUACGUUUUCAGGUUGGGUGCCACCGAUCAGAACAAUGCUUUUCAAAGUGAGGCCCAUAGUCAGAUUCAUGCACCGGUAUUGCCCAGCCAUGGCCACGACCAUGAAUGGUAUCUGCAGAUUGAUCUAACCAUCCAGAAUAGAAGACGAAGAUGAGUCUGUGCAGGGCAGUGCUUUCAGGAGAUGCGAAUGAAGUGAGAUCGGUGUUAUUUCAACAUGCGUUUGAUUUGAGUGAGAGGGUCGAGCUGUACAAUGGCGGGACGGCGCUGCACAUAGCUGUCAUCGAGAACCGGGUGGAGAUCCUGGAAUGCUUACUCGAUGAUCCUUCAGGUCUGAAGCUGAUCAACCUCGGGGAUGACUUCAGUCUCCGACCUUUGCACUAUGCAUGUAGUCUUUCACCUCCUCCACGGAGCCACUGUGCAUGUAGUCUUGCACCUUAUCCACGGAUCCAAGUCUUGAAAAGUCUGCUCCUUUGCGACGAAGUCGAUCUCGCUUGUCGGGCCUACAAUGCUGCUACUCCUCUCCAUGUGGCUGCCUACGCCGGGAACGAUGAGGCUGUGGAGCUACUCCUGGGCCAUCCUCGCUGGAUGCCAAGUUUCGUCGAGGCCAGAACGAACUUGGAGAAAUUCACCGCCCUGCACAUUGCUGCCAGCAAAGGGUUCGAGAAGAUUGUGCGACUCGUUUUGAAUUCUGAGAAAGCAGAAUUGAAGAAGAAGAAGAAGAAGAAACAAGUAGAAAUGAUCCAUGCGCAGAAAGACCGUCUAUGGCGAAGGCCGUUGCAUUACGCCGCGUGGGAGAAUCAGGUGAAAGUGGUGAAGGAGAUGCUCGAGAACUGGAAGUCAGUGGACGUGAAUGCUGUAGAUGUAGAUGGAUACACGGCACUCCAUCUGGCUGCCAAGCGUGGCUACGUCUCCAUAGUCCAGAUGAUGCUUGACCACCGAGGAUUGGAUCUCGAUGUCGUCACUAACUCUUCGCAGAUUGUACACGAAAGGAUGAAGCUGGUUGAGCAGAAAGAGGAUAUUAUGCGAUCGGCGCUGAGAUCGAAGGAUUCACAUUUUGCUGCUGAGAUCGAAGCAGCACUCCCAGAACUUGGGCUGCCAAAACUGGGGGACUCUGUUUUUAGGGACGAAGCUGGCAAAAUGAUGUCUUUGCAUUGCGCUGUGGAGCAGAGCCACGACGAAGUUGUUACCAAACUACUGUCCAGUAAGAAACUGAAACUGAUUUGUGGGGAUGCUGCUUUUAAUAUUUCGAUUGCGGUGAUCAUUCAGUACAGCCAGGAAAGAUCAGCAGCGGAUCGAGAUGCCACUCUGGAUGCUCUAGUUGUCAGCACGCAUCAGCGCAUUCUUAGGGGGCUCUUUGGCAAACUCCAUGAGCACAAGGAUACGAACUACAAAGUACCCAACCUGAAAAUUUGUCAAGACUUAGUCGGUUCAUCCAAUAUAGCCGAACUACCGGAAAUGUACGUUCUGGAUCUGCUGCUGGAUGAGGAUCUGAGAAGUACGCUUGUAACCACGUUCAAAGCGUCAACCAGAAGUCUUCGAGCUCCUUCCGGAGGAGUUACUUUGAUGCACAUGAUCACUUACACAGGGUACGAUCAGACUUCGUUGUUGAAAUGUGUGCUUGCUUUUCCUCAAAUGGAAGAACUCAUUAAUGCGGAUGACAAUGAUGGCCGAACGCCCCUGCAUUAUGCUAUACUGGCCGGGCAGAGUUCCAGCGUUCAGUUGCUGAUUGAUAUGCCGAAGCUGAGGUUGAACAAGGCAGAUAAAGAAGGACGAUCCCCUAUAGAAUUAGCUGUGAAAACAAGACACACAGACAUUCAGCAAAUGCUGCUGGAAAAGCCGGUUGUCAGAGAGUACGUCCAACAACUGUACAUGGAUCGGCAGAUGUAUGUGGAUGCCACGAAUGCCAUUCUCGUCGGGGCUGGUAUUAUCGCCAGUGUGACAUUUCCCGGCUGGCUGGAUCCUCCCUUAGAAGACUACGAAGAGAAUCGGCUACUUCCCACAGCUCGGUCGAUCUUGAGCCAUAAGAGCUUCAACAAAGUGACAGGCACGAAUCCUCAAGUGUUCGAGGUUUUCUGGAUCUGCAACAGCAUGUCGUUUUUCUUUGCCGUCGCUUGUGCACUCGGGGGAGCCGGAGCUCUCCUGCCCAGCUCUCACGCAUUUGUCCGCAAGCAAGUCAUAGCCCUGAGAAGAUCGGUCAUCAUGACAUCGGUCUUACUCACAUUCGCAAUUGUCUUCGUGCUGGGCGCAUUUGGAGCUGCAGGAUUUGCUACUCUACCUCCUGUCCUGCAUAUGCAGACUUCUACUCUGAUUUCAUGUGCAGUAGGAACGUGCCUUUGUCUCGCGGUUUUGAUUCUUUUCUUGAUCCGGCUCUACAAUUUAGUCGGAAACAGGAGUAUUGUGCAAAUGAGAAGGGUGCAAUGGCCUACUGCAAGCCAUAGGAACUGGCGUGAGUUGCUGACUAGUUUUCUCCCCGGUAAUAGCAGCCCUAGGUCGGACCUUCGGGCACCCUUGCUUCCAAGGGUGAGCCGUAGUGGUCGGUUUCUAUAAACUGCAAUCUUGUGAAAGACUUACAUAUGUAUUGCUUUCUCUUAGCUC